AGUUUAAAGUGCGUCUUCAUUUCUUUGCAGUGAUGAGGCGAGAGACGGGGGAGCCAUAUUUGUAACUUUGUAGUGUUCGUGAACGCGCCCUUUCUCUCCCUCCCUCCCUUUCUCUGCCUCCCUUCCUCUCCUCCUCUUUCUCCCUCACUCUUUCCACCCCACCUUCGGGCCAGAUGCUGAUGUUUCUUCCUUUCCUUCCGAAGGGAGGAUAAAUUGGAAGGGGGGAGGGAUUUUCGAACGUGCUAAGGCACAGAUAAUCCCCGCGCCUCCCCACCUCGAGCGAUCGCUAUUGCAAGUUACCCAAAGGCUACGUCCCGGUCCCCCCUCGCCCCUGCUCCUUCCGGCCUCGCUGAGAUGCCAGCCUUUGAGCCCUGGCGCCCCCCGGCCAGGCUUUCUCCGGGGUGGGCUCCUAGGCAGCCAUUCGGCGCCUGGUUAAUAAAUGGGCACGGGAAACUUUGUCAGGACGCGAGCUGCCCAGACCUGGUGCCCGUGGUGAAAGAGCUCGUCCUGGACAACUGCCGGUCAAUCGAAGGCAAAAUCGAGGGCCUCACAGAUGAAUUUGAAGAACUGGAGUUCUUAAGUACAAUCAACGUAGGCCUCACCUCAGUCGCAAACUUACCAAAGUUAAACAAACUUAAGAAGCUUGAACUAAGCGAUAACAGAAUCUCAGGGGGCCUGGAAGUAUUGGCAGAAAAGUGUCCGAACCUCACGCAUCUAAAUUUAAGUGGCAACAAAAUUAAAGACCUCAGCACAAUAGAGCCACUGAAAAAGUUAGAAAACCUCAAGAGCUUAGACCUUUUCAAUUGUGAGGUGACCAACCUGAACGACUACCGAGAAAACGUGUUCAAGCUCCUCCCACAGCUCACGUAUCUCGACGGCUACGACCGGGAUGACAAGGAGGCCCCCGACUCAGACGCCGAGGGCUAUGUGGAGGGGCUGGACGACGAUGAGGAGGACGAGGAUGAGGAAGAGUAUGAUGAAGAUGCUCAGGUAGUGGAAGACGAGGAGGAUGAAGAGGAAGAGGAGGAAGGAGAAGAGGAGGACGUGAGUGGAGAAGAAGAGGAGGAUGAAGAGGGUUAUAACGAUGGGGAAGUAGACGACGAGGAAGACGAAGAAGAUGUUGGUGAAGAAGAAAGGGGUCAGAAGCGAAAACGAGAACCUGAAGAUGAGGGAGAAGACGAUGACUAAGUGGAAUAACCUAUUUUGAAAAAUUCCUAUUGUGAUUUGACUGUUUUUACCCAUACCCCCCCCCCGAAAUCCCGCCCCCCGAAACUUAUUUUUUUCUGAUUGUAACGUUGCUGUGGGAACGAGAGGGGAAACGUGUACUGGGGGUUGUGGGGGGAGGGAGGGCGGGAGGGGGUGGAAUAAAAUACUAUUUUUACUGCCACUCUUUAUUUUUUUCCCCUACUUUUUCUUUGUGUCUGGUUUUGUCCCUGUAAAUGCGAUAGCUAAGGUACACACCAAGUGAGCAUUUGUUUCUUACUCUCAAAGAGGAUGGUUUGGAGGGCUCUUCUGUCUCCUGGUACUUCCGGAGUCUCUGGAGUCAGUUGGAAGGUCGUGGCUGGCCUCCGUUUGGUUUCUCGAAGCCCAGAAGGCGCUGAGCACCAGCCACGGCUUACCUCUUGUGCUCGUUCCCGUGAUUUCUGCAUUUCUUGGGCCUGCUAGAGGCAUCCAACGCCCUGGUUUGUAAAUAGCAACCUAAAGGCGUAUUUUGGCACUGGUUGGGGGACAUUCCCCGUCUCUCAUUCCUUUCCCUCUUCACAGAUGGUGGUGGGCUUUGCUCUGUGAAGAAGACUGUGGCGUCACUCUUCAGAGCUAUGAGCCAGAGAGCCGAAAACAGCAGGCUUAUGGGUUAUGAGUAGAACGGAUUCGGUCAUGACAAUUAAAAGAGAAGAAGCAAACCCUCAAACUUCAACCUCUUUAAAAUAAGAUUAAGGAAACACAAAACUGUCCUAUCUUGUUCUGUAAAAUAACUCGAACGCCUUGUUUUACAAAAAUGACCAGAGAAUUCUUCCACGUGUCCUUCUGUGCUUAGACCGUUUUUACAAACCUAGGCACGGGAGGCAGUGCUGCAUGUCGGCUGGGUUUUUUUUUCAUACACCCGAGCACGGAUAAACUAACGCAAAAUUGUAUUUUCUUACCUAGUGGAAAUCUGAAAUGACUGCAAAUUCCUAGUGAGUGUACAGGUUUGCUUUCGUGUCCCCCUUCUGGAUUGCUUUAGAAGUGACGUGUUCUUUCCUAGCCCGCGUUUCAUCUGUACAAAAGAACAUCUGCACCGGUUUUUCUCCUCCCCCUCAGAAGAGCCAAACUUUGAGUUUUAUGUCUGUUUGUCAUUGAUAAAUUUCAAUAAAUCUUUUUAUACAAUU